UGACCGACUGACGUCUAUAUAUGUACUUAACCCUGACGCCACAAUGGUGCGUUGCAAGCGAUAGAAAGAUGGGUCGAUGCUUGAUCGGACACUGUGUGCUUCUCCUCGGCCUCAUCCUCGCCAUCGUCCCGUUCGUCGCCUCCGAGGAGGAGGAUGAGUGCGUGUACACGGUGUACGUGCGGACGGGGUCGGUGUUCAAGGGGGGGACGGACGCCACCAUCGGGCUGACGCUGGGGGACGCGGCGGGGCGGGAGGUGGCGGUGGCGGACCUGGUGGCGUGGGGCGGCCUCAUGGGCCCCGACCACGACUACUACGAGCGAGGCGCCCUCGACGCCUUCAGCGGCCGCGGGCCCUGCGGCCUGGCCACGCCGCUCUGCCGCCUCAACCUCACCUCCGACGGCGCCGGCGCCCACCACGGCUGGUACUGCGAGUACGUGGAGGUCACCGCCACUGGGCCCCACACCCUCUGCUCCCAGACCCUCUUCUACGUCCGCCAGUGGCUCGCCACCGACGCCCCGCCCUACCGCCUCUACGCCACCGUCGACGGCUGCGCCCAGCCCGAGGCCGCCCCCAACUCGGAUCACCGCCGCCUCGUCGUCGGCUCCCAAACCGACUCUUCUUCCUCCUCCUCCUCCUAAAGCCCGAUCUCGAGAUCUCGUUGCCUGUUUCCGUUUUGGCUUCCUUGAGUUGUCUGUGUGUGGCUCGUUUCUGCAACGAACAUCUUGACCGCAGUUAUCGUGUGAUCCUGGAAUAACGAAGAAGAACGAUCGAUGAUGUGUUCUUUGAUAUGCUUUCCUCUGAUUUCGCGAGUGCUUCAUUUAUUUUCCUUCUUAUUUUAUUCCAUUUUUCUGGA